CUCCGUCUCAACACGCUAUAUGCUGCGCGUUGCGUAACAGGGCAGCUCAGUUGCGUAUUCUGGGCUCAUCCGGCCGAGUUCGGCCCAGUCCCGCUCAAUCCAGCUUAAUCUGGCUUUAUCCCGGGCUCCAUGCGGCCUAAUUCGCGCCCUCAUCGGGCUCAGUCGCCCUUCCUCGUUCCGUAGCGAAAGCCUCCCGGGAGUUGCCUCCUAUGCUGCGCCUGCGCCCCCCCUGCGGCCCCGGGCCGCCCAGGUCGAGAAGUCCGGCAAGCAGGCCUCCAAGGCGGACCGGGGCGGCGGCGCCGCGGUGCUUGCAGCCCCGGAGCCGCCGCCGCCACCGCAGCAGCAGCAGCCGCAGCAGCAGCCGCAGCAGCAGCCGCAGCAGCUGCGGACACCCGCGCUGUCUGCCCCGCCGGGGUCGCGCCAGGCACGCUGCGGCUCCCCGCCGCGCAACAUCGGGGGACCCGCGGCGGCGGACCCGCGCGGCAUGGACACCCCAGAGAUGCGGGAGCGGGUCCGGUGGAGCGAGAUGAACAGCCCGAGCCCGUUCCCCGACACGGGCGACACGGGCGGCUCGGGCGGCUCCGCGCACCCCGCGCCGUGGGAGAAGGCCGCCACCGCCAAGCCGUUCGGCGCGCUCGAGCACCUUCAGGCGCUCUCGGCGGGCACGGGCGACGAGCAGUUUCAGAAGUCACUCUUCGCCAACAUGGGGGAGAUGCCCGCGCCGCCACCGCCAGACUUCUCAGAGGUCUUGGGCCACCUGGGCGCCUUCUCCGCCCUCGGGCAUCCAGGCGGCACCACGCCCGCCUUCAACCCCGACGCGCCCGUCUUCAGCAUGGCGCCGCCGCCGCCGCCCCAGGUGUGAUGAGCAGCCAGCCGCGGCGCCUGGGAUCCGAGCACAAGGGUGCCAGAACGGUCCACGCGUGGGGUGAUCGCCUUCGGUGGCAAGACGGGGAUGGACGAGGCACGGGAGAACGGGGAGGGCAAGCGCACCUGAACGGCCACCCGACGCGGACUGUUGAUUUGUACCUCUCUCGCCGAACGCGCAGCUCGGGGGGGCCGCAGAGACGUGACACCAGGGGCUGGGAUGUGCCCUACAGUCAGUGUGCGAUUGUUGCUCGCGAGACUUGAGCGACCAUGCU